CGAUCAAAGAAGGCUGAACAGAACCAUCUUCGUCUCCAACUGUCUCUCUACCCACUUUCUGUAGACUGCAGCAAUGGACCGAGCACAGCUUGUUCUGCUAGGGCUACCACUCUUCCUCUUCUGCACCGACCUCCUAAACCUCUUUACUCCGCCCCCACCUCCGCCCCACAAGCCUCCUCACCACCACCAUCCCCACCUCCAACACCAGCCUCCUCCAGUCGCCAAAGAAACCUUAGACUUACCCUCACAGAAACCAAGCGGUUUUGGGGCAAUCGGCGUCGGCAGCACGGUCAAAAUUAGCUUCUGCACUUCUUGCUCUUACAAGGGGAAUGCAGUAACAAUGACGAAGAUGUUGGAGGCCGCUUUUCCUGGAAUCCAUGUUGAUCUUUCGAACUAUCCUCCGCCCCUUCCAAAGCGUGUGGUCAGCAAGCUGGUUCCAGUUGCUCAAGUUGGAGUUUUUGGGAUUGUAAUGGCUGGCGAGCAUAUUUUUCCGAUGUUGGGGUUUGCGACACCUCCUGCUUGGUAUUAUUCUCUGCGUGCAAAUAGAUUUGGUACCAUUGCAUCCACUUUGCUUCUUGGCAAUGCAUUGCAGUCCUUCCUCCAAGGCACUGGUGCUUUCGAAGUUUACCUCAACGAUGAAUUGGUUUUCUCUAAGCUGAAGGAGGGAAGAUUUCCGGGCGAGCUUGAACUAAGAGAUGCCAUUGCGAGUAAGUUGGGUAGUUCAAGAAUCACAGACUCAGCGUUAUGAUCUUAGUCUACUAGCUGGGUUUGGAAAGCCCAAAUGCUUGCAGUUGGAGUUUCAAGCUUGCACACUGGCUCGCUUACUUGCUUGGUAGGUUCAAAGGCUUCGAAGUUUUAAUAAAUUUGUUACCCAUCACUGUUAUACAGAGUAGAGACACCAAUAGAAUGUUUUGCUGAUAGGUUUUGAACGACAAUCUGAUUCUGCAUGUUAUCUGAGAUCGGCAUCGAUUGGGUUAAAACAGAUUUUGACUCUAUUAAGCAUGCUAAUAUAGUUUCAUUUCACGGAAUACAGUGCCCGUAUCUACUCAAAGUAUAAUUGUUCCUGGAUUUAGUUUUUCA